AUGGGGCUUGCCUAUAAGCAACUCAAAAAUUCCUUCCUAGGGUUUUUUUCCGCGCUGCGAUGGAUGCUACGAGGCUUCUGAAGGAGAAGAAGUUCUGGAUUGCUUCCUUCAUAGUCGUUUGGGCUGCAGCUCUUCAGGGCCAUAUGAUGUGGAUGCAGAAGCAAGAUGCGUUCCAAAAGAAAUUUGGUAAUCAGAUCGAAAAUCAUGAGGAGGAGGACUUGAGUGCUUCUUAAUCGGAGCCGAUUGCUUUGGAAAAAGUUGCAGAAAAAAGGAGGCGGCAACUCUGAAGCUCAAUGGUUGGCAUCCCUUAAAAGAAAGGGAAAUUUACAUACAUGCCCUAGAUAUCUCAUGUAUUUACAUAUCUAAGAUUUAAAGUUUGAUAUUUACAUUUGUAACAUAAGGAUGGUGGUGUUUUUGGUGUCAUGCUAAAAAUUUGAGCGGUAUGCAUGUAAAUAUGAAUGUAAAGCUUUGGUGGU